AUGAGAAAAUGGCUGAGAAGAAUAUCGCGCGUAGUGAUCAGUGGAUGUGCUAUCCUCACCGGCUUCGACAUUAUUGGACACCCAGCCAGCAUUGUUGGUGAUUCUUUUUUUCUAUUUUUUUGAAACUUUAAUCCUUGAAUAAUUUCAGGAAACUCAAUGUAUCCGGCCCUGAGGGGAGAAGAUUCGCGAUGGUAUAAACGAGAUUUUGUCUGGCUUUCGCGAUGGUCAUUGCAUGCCUGCAGCCCCGGAACCAUUCUCACAUUCAUGUUGGUUUCUUUUUGUAUUUAAAAAAACUGGUACAAGAUUUUUUAUGAAGAACUUGAAACUUUUAAAAGAUAUCAGCAGAAUCUAGCUCAGGUUUUUUUUUUUCCAAAAAGGAAGUAAAAAGAAAAGUAGUUGAUUUUCAGUUCACCUCGAGAUCCAAGCGCUGUUCACAUAAAGCGAGUGGUGGCGACUGAAGGUUCUGGAGUGAUCCCCCAACUUCGCGCGGAAGUAACGAUAGUUCCGAAAGGUCAUUACUGGAUGGAAGGCGACAAUCCACAGGCGCGGAAUGACAGCAAUGUCUACGGCCCAGUAAGUUUAGAAGCCAAUUUUUUGCUCAGUUAAAAUGUCAAUUGCUUCGAACUGAAAAAAUAAAACAUUUAUUUAUAGGUAAGCAAAGGACUAGUGCGUGGUCGGGCGACGCACAUCAUUUGGCCACCUAGUAGGUGGCAAAGACUCUAG